AUGCCUCAGGACUCGUGGCUCUCUGCCUCCUUACCCGCCUGUCGUACCUUGGUGGGUCUUUCCAUCAAGAAGGCUACCAGCAUCGUCUCGGGGGCGGCAUUGCUCCUUCUCCUGCUGGCGCCACGGGCCCAGGCCCAGUCGAGCCCGUUUGUGCUUGGGAGUUCUCGAGCACGAUGCGCUGAGUUAAAGGAAAAGCACCCACCAGACGGUGACAUUGUUGUCACUGGUGUCACGUUCAUCGAUGCAUUUGCGUUGAACGUGUCGGGGACAUUCAAUACGCGUCCGUUCUGUCGACUCGCAUCCCGAUUGGCGUACGGAAGCGAUGACGUCCUCAACUUUGAGGUUUGGUUGCCAGACAACGUAGAAUACAAUGGAAGAUAUCUGGCUGUCGGAAACGGUGGUAUGGCCGGAACGAUCGACAAUGCAACCAUGGUGGAGUACCUAAAUGAGGGCUUCGCGGUCGCGGGCGGCGAUUCAGGCCACCUGGCGUCUGAAAACAACGGCGGCGACGGAGCGCCGGGCACUUACCUGCCAUACCUCCAUGAUCUAGAGCAAGUCCUGGCGUGGAUACAUAAUUCCAUUGCCCUCUUUACUCCACCAGCGAGGGACUUCAUCAAGACUUACUAUGGGCGCGAGGCCGAAUACAGUUACUAUUAUGGUUGCUCGACCGGUGGGGCGCAGGGCUUUGCGUUGUCACAGUUGCACCCGGGUCUCUUUGACGGAAUCUAUGCUGGGUGUCCAGGGUUCUGGUACUCGCAUCUCGCUCUGUCGUUUUUGUGGAAUGGGCAGCACACGGAGGGCGAUGCAUACCUGAGUCAAAGCCUACUGAACACUGUUACUUCAGCAGCCCUGGACCAGUGCGACGGGCUUGACGGUGUUGUUGACCGGCUCUUGGAGAACCCCUUGGCUUGCAACUUCAGCAUCAACGCAUUAGCAUGCGACAACGGAGCCUCGAACAGCAGUAAAUGCCUAAGUGUUUCCCAGCUUGCCGCCGCAAAAGCAAUUUACGCGGGUCCGAGGGACGUCCGAGAUAGCUCUACGGUCUACCCUGGAUUCUCCAUAGGAUCCGAGAGUGAAUGGGCACAAGGUCAGGAGGGCUCGUUGGCGGACGCAUUCUCCGUUCCAAUUCUUCAAAACCUUGUCUACGACAAUCUGACGUAUGAGUCGGAUGAGUUCGACUGGGGAUCAGACAUUGACGAUGUAGAUAGCAAAGCUGGUGUGCUAAUCGACGAGACCAGCACGGACUUGAGGGCAUUCCGCAAGGCUGGGAGCAAGAUGUUGGUUUCUCAGGGUUGGGCGGAUCCGUACAACGCGGCCACACUGCCCAUCGAGUACUUGAAGCGACUUGAAGCUUUUUUCGGAGGAGACGUCUCGGACUUCUUCAACCUUUACAUGGUCCCAGGCGGAGGACAUUGUGGUGGAGCGUCCAGCUAUCCAUCGGUACCUGCCAAGCACCGCGUCAUUGCGGCGUUGCAGGCCUGGGUCGAGCUGGGAAUCAGGCCGGAGUACGUGUUGAGCGAAGUGCCCGAGGAUGGUAGUAGUAGGACGCGGAAGCUCUGCCCGUGGCCUGAGACUGCGCAUUAUGUUGCAGGAGAUGAGAGUUCAGCAACGUCGUACAUUUGCAGGUGA